AUGAAAUUACAAGUGACAGCUACCGAGGAUGCGAUUGCAAGUACUGCGAUGAGUCUGACAAACUCUUGCUUUGAAGGAAACAAAUUAUGGGGUGGUUCCAUUUUAGAUAUUGUCCUAGACGAACGCGGGGAGCUAGAUAAGCUUGUUUCGGUGGUUCUGGAGCACGGUUUAGGGAGCUUUUUCGAUGUUGAAGACAUGGAUUUUAUUAGGCUGCGUUUUCCUUCUGUUUUUGCAGGAGCCAGAGCCCACAAGGGGAAAAAGAAGGUUUUAGUCUUUAGCACUGAGCUCGUCGUCGGUGAGGUGAUGGCGGACUUGCCGGGCUAUAUGCGUGCCUGUUUGCAUACUGGAAAGCUUGCUUUCUUGGCCAUCUUGGUUUCUGGAGGAAUUGUGUUGCAAAUUUUGGCAUGUGCCCUGUACAACAAUUGGUGGCCGAUGCUAACUGUAAUAAUGUAUGUGAUUCUUCCAAUGCCUUUGCUGUUCUUUGUGGGUUCUGAUAGUUCGUCACUUCUCACAGAAUCUAAUAGUGGUUGGGUCAAUGCAACAAAGUUCCUGACUGGAGCUUCAGCAAUCGGAAGCAUUGCAAUACCAGUUAUUUUAAAGCAUGCUGGUGCUAUUGGCUGGGGAGCACUAGCAAUGGAGCUUUCAUCAUUUUUUGUAUUUGUGAUUGCCAUAGUGUUUUACAUAGGCACGAGUGAUGAAGAUGAUUACAGUAUUCUCUGA